AUGACGAUGCUGGCUGUACUCGGUUUACUACUGAUGCUCGGACUGAGCCGAUGUACAGAUGAGGAGAAGAUUGAGAUAAAGACGGUCCGUGUUGGAGAUGAGGUCAAACUGACGUGUCCUCGCAAGACCUCUGCUUCAGGUUCAACAAAGUUGUUUUGGUUCAGGCAAGUUUCUGGAGACUUGCCUGAAUGUUUGGGUGGAACUCUCAGGAUUGACUAUGAUGAUGUUACCAAAACUCCUCACACCACCUUAAAACAAGAGCCUGGAACAUUUGUCCUGAUUAUCAAUCAAACCCAGCUCAGUGACUCUGGACUUUACUUUUGUGUGGAACAAGAGGAUCUUAAAAUGACCCUUUUAAAAGGAGUAUUUCUGAGGACUAAAGGACCAGAGUCUGAUAUCACCGCCGUCAUUCAAGACCUUUCGGCUGAUCCAGACCAUCCAGACUUGAUGACUCUGCAGUGUUCAGUCCUCUCUGACUCUGAAACUAAAACCUGUCCAGGGAAUCACAGAGUGUUCUGGUUCAGAUCUGGAUCAGAUGAAGCUCAUCCCAGUGUCAUUUACACUCAUGGAAACAGACGUGAUGAGUGUGAGGAGAGUCCUGAGACUCAGUCUCCACAGAAAUGUGUCUACAGCUUUUCUAAGACCGUCAGCUCUUCUGAUGCCGGGACUUAUUACUGUGCUGUGGCCACAUGUGGACAGAUGUUAUUCGGACAUGGAACAGAGAUCAAUGGCAAAGGAGAGAACAUGGAGAUGAUCCAGACAGCUCUCCUGUUUGUGGUAGCAGGUGUUUUAGCCUUAAGUCUGAUUUUAAAUGCCAUCCUGACUUAUAAAAUCAAGACAAAAUCUUUUGUUUCUGGCAAAGCUGCUGAUGCUGUAAGAACAAAUGCUGUCACAGCCACUGCUGCUCAGCAAGGCCAGCAGGGAGCUGAAGCCUCAUUGGUUUAUUGUGCACCAGCCUUUUCCAAAAAGAGAAAUGGCAAAAGAGAGAGAAGAAAUAUGAGGACAGCAGAGGAAGAGACUGUUUACUCUGGUAUCAGAGCUGCUGCGAGAGAGUAACAGUAGACUCAGUGGAUUUGGAAAAUGAAACAAAAUAAACUGGAUUUUAUUUGUGUAUCUUUUUGAUGACUGUAUUAAACUGGACAGGACUGCCUGCUGAGGAUAACAAUAUUUCAUCAUUUGAAAAUUGUUUCUUUGUAUUUUCUGACUACUUGAAAGCGGUCUGCCUGCAGACUGUACAUUUCUGAUAGUCACUCUCACAGACUGUCAUCUGAGAUGCUGUGUAUGACAGAAGGGAAGUGCAACAUUUGAUGAAUGAAACAGAGAAAAAGGUCUGAGGUCCAGUGUGGGAAUACAUUGUGCAUCAGUCUGUACUGGCUUGAUUUAGCUUCAUCAGCUUAGGCUAAAGCUAACAGACCUAUGCUAGUUAUGUAAUUAAGUUACUACAUAAGCCAAUGUUGCUAUGUUAUCUUGACGGGGAGCGAACAGCCCAAACAGGUAGUGCUCAGGACCACCACUGUCCACCACCACACUAAACCUGGUUCUGGGACUCUGGAGGGGAAAAAUCCUCCACUUCUAAAAAUCACUCUGAGGCAGCAGUGCUGCAGGACUCUGUGACACUUUCUGGCAAGGGGAGUCACUGUCACUUCCGCUUCAUCUGGUAAACCCCGUCCUUUGAAAAAACAAACAAACAAAAACGAAACGUCCUUUUCCCCCUCCCUCCUCUCAGUACCAACCUGCUCACUUUCUGUGCAUUUUUUGAGAUCUUUAAGUGGGCAGAGUUAGCUUUGAGCUGGGGGUUCACUUACAUGUUGAAUGUUUUGUAGUCCAGUUUUGAAGGUCAGGUUUUUGUCUUUUAAAAGUAAACAGAAAGUUGUAGUGUGUGUUUUUAUUCUGAGAUAUACAGCG